UCUAGAGGUAUGACUGUGUUUUUCCCCUCUUCCAAGUGGAUGGUAAUGAACAAAGGAGCAGUCUGAGUUGGUAAUCAGGCUAAUGUACUGGAGCCUGGGUUGAAGGGGUACGUAGGGGAAGGCCUACGGGGUAUCAGACAGGAGUAUGACUCUCUGGCAAGAGCUAGAUACAUGUUGGUUACUAAGGCCACGACUGGCUCUUGAUUGACAAGACACGCUGCGAUAAAUAGCUGGCGGUUCCCUCCCUUGGGAUCCAUUAUCAGGUACUUCUGCGUUCAGAAGAAUCACGACUGCUGGAGUUAUUGCAGCUCCUGAUUCAAGUGUUAGUCCUCUCCUGUGAGACCCAGAUGACCCGGAGGACAGGGACUCAGUGGUGGUGGGCAGUGCUACUGUCCUGUACACUACUGCGGUCAUGGCUUCACCCAGACACAAUGAGCCAGGCUUCAGCCGUAAACCUGCGCCAUUUCAUUGGCUGUGCCGUUCGGGAGUUCACCUUCCUGGCCAAGAAGCCAGGCUGUGGGGGGCUGCACAUCACCACUGACGCCUGUUGGGGGCGCUGUGAGACCUGGGAGCCUGUCCUGGACCCACCCUAUAUAGAGUCCUACCAGCGUGUGUGUACCUACAACGAGACCCGGCUGGUGACCGUGCGGCUGCCGAACUGCUCCGCCCACAUGGACCCCAUGUACACCUACCCGGUAGCCCUGAGGUGUGACUGUGCAGUGUGCCAGACCACCACCACGGAGUGUAUCACCUCCGUCUGACUGUCGCCAAUCUGUCACCGGUGCCCAAUGGUCCUGCAGCUUUACUCUGUGUAGAGAAUGGAAAUCACCUUUUUAUACAACUUCGAAAAACGUUAAUUAAU